AUGGCGCUCGCUUCCGCCGCUUCUAUCGCCCUGGCGCCUGCCGCCACGGUCGCCUGGGUUUCGGCCAAGAACUCAUCGCGAGCAGCUCCCAGCGGUGCCGCUCUAGCAGUUCCGCUUUCCACAUCCUUCCGCGAGCUCCAGGUCUCUUCGACGAAGAAAUCCGCUCGGGUUACCCUCCAGCCGCUUCGCAGCAGCGUUCGAGCCAACGUGGUGACGGAGCCAGCGACCAAGAUCAACUUCCCAGUCACUCUAGCGGCCCCUGGUGGCUCCAAGGACCUCUCGCUGCUGGGAACCGGGGUGCGGGAGAAGAAGCUUGGGCCGCUGGCGGUGAAGGUGUAUGGAGUGGGUGUGUACGCUGAACCGCGGCUGCUGGAUGUGCUGGCGGGCUGGAAAGGCAAGGCUGCAGACCGCGCCUUCUUUGAUGCCAUCGCCUCCACUCCGUGUGAAAAAUCCAUUGUAAUUGUGUUGGCACGCAACGUGGGGUCCGACCAGUUCUGGAACGCCCUCACAGAGGAGCUCGCCCCGCGCCUCACAGCAGCUGGCGAGGGCCUUGACGCUUCGCAGUACGCAUCUGACGCUGUCGCCGAAUCCGCUGUUUCAGCUGCAGAAGCUUUCCGCUACCAGAUCCUGAGCAACAUGAAUCCCGAAUAUGAUUACUUGUUCAAGUUGUUGCUGAUUGGUGAUUCUGGUGUCGGAAAGUCUUGCCUCCUUCUACGAUUCGCGGACGAUUCCUACCUUGAAAGCUACAUCAGUACAAUCGGAGUGGACUUUAAAAUCCGUACUGUCGAGCUCGACGGCAAGACUAUCAAGCUUCAAAUUUGGGAUACUGCAGGCCAGGAGCGUUUCAGAACGAUUACAAGUAGUUACUACCGCGGUGCUCACGGCAUCAUUGUUGUUUACGACGUCACAGAUCAGGAAAGCUUCAACAACGUGAAGCAAUGGUUAAACGAGAUUGACCGUUACGCCAGCGAGAAUGUUAACAAGCUCUUGGUCGGAAACAAGUGCGACUUGACAAACAAAAGGGUUGUGGACUACCAGACUGCCAAGGCCUUCGCAGACGAGAUUGGCAUUCCUUUCCUAGAGACGAGUGCAAAGAACGCCACAAACGUAGAGCAGGCUUUCAUGACCAUGGCUGCUGAGAUCAAGAACAGGAUGGCGAGUCAGCCAGCCCUCGGCAACAAAGGUGGUGGUCAGACUGUGCGUCCUGGAGAAAGCAGGCCGUUGCAACAGAACAGCAAUUGCUGCUAG